AUGGACUCCAUCUCGCGACUCUCGCAGCACCUGCCACCGUUCGUUAUCAACUUGUCAAAGUCGCAAAGAGCACAAGGCGUAGCGACUGUCGUCGGUGUUCUUGUCUUGCUCUCGCCCUUGAACAGGUGGCUGUCUUGGAGAAGCGCCAACAAUGGCGACACCCUCAACAGAUGGAAUCCCGCCACUGAACUUGUCGUGGUCACUGGUGGAAGCAGUGGCAUAGGCGCCAAGAUUGUCCAGAUAUUGGAGGCCGAGAAUAUCGAAGUUGACCUCUCAGACGCAGAUGCAAUUGCUGCAGUAGCAGAACGCAUUCGAUCUGACCAUGGCCACCCGACAGCUCUGGUAAACAACGCCGGUAUUGCACACGGUGAAACCAUUCUCUCGGUAACCCCAGAAAAGCUUCAGAGGCUCGUUAGCGUUAACCUCGAGGCACCCUUUCUCUUGACUCAACAGUUUCUUCCUGACAUGAUCACCCAUAACCACGGGCAUAUCGUCAAUAUCGCCAGCUUGGCUUCAUUCUUAACACAGGCUGCUAACGUUGACUAUGGUGCCACCAAGGUCGGUCUACUCGCCUUUCAUGAGGGUCUGAAACAAGAGCUCAAGCACGUCUACAAUGCCCCUGGAGUACGCGCGUCGGUUAUACAUCCGACUGGGGUUAACACUCCAAUGAUUGAGGCAAUUCUCAAGGCUGGCACCCUUGGCCGCUACGUUGAAGCCGAAGACGUUGCGAGUGCUGUUGUUACACAACUCACAUCAGGGUACGCAGCGCAAGUGCCCGUUCCACGCUCUGUGGGUUAG